CCGCCCCGCGCCCCCCGUUAUCUCCGCGUGCGCGCCCGUUGCGCCCCGAGCCGCCCUCGCUGUCGCCGCUCAGUUCGCGACAUGGCGCGGCCGCUGGCGCUCCUGCUGCCGGUUCUGCUCGCCGGGCUCCUCUCGUGUCCCGGAGCCAUGGCCAGCUACCCGCCUGACUGCUCCAGGUAUGCGAAGUAUGGAUGUCCAAGGGACUACCAUCCAGUUUGUGGCACUGAUGGAGAGACCUAUGGAAACGAGUGUGUUCUCUGCCUUGCUAACAGAGAAGAUAACACAAAUAUACAAAUUCUCCGAAGGGGACAUUGCUGAUAUGAGAGAUGGCCAAGAAAAUAAGAGGGUCACAGACAAUUCAAAUGGAAGCAAUGCCUUAAUUGUACCUUUUAUGUAGCCUUAAUAAACAAGCUUGCAUAUUUAAA